GCACCCCCGUCACCUCCAUUGGAGCUUCUGAGCGAAGCUUUCCAGUUCGGAUAUGGAGCCGCGCGUGGGGCGACGACUCUGUGAUGCGACGAUAGCUGCCGCCUACCUGUGGAGCUGACGUGGCGGCCUGGGAGAGAGCCACGACGGCAAUCACCACCUCUCCCUUUUCUGUUCCUUGAAUUGAAGGGCUCUCUCUCUCUCUCUCUCUCUCUCUCUCUCUCUCUCUCUCUGUCUGUUUCACUCGCUGUCCAUUGAUCUUUCCUUUCCUCCAUCUCCCUGCAGGGCAUCGGGGAAAAGAUCGAAUCUUGUCUUCUGGGUGAUCGGUUCUUGGGGACAAUGAGUAAGGCUGUGAUCGUUGCUGUCGUUGCUGCUGUGGGGAACUUGCUCCAAGGGUGGGACAGUGCUACUAUUGCUGGUGGCACUGGCAGUUUGAGCUCAAGAGAUGGGAUAUGUCUGUUAUGUUCAAGCUCUGGGUGUAAGGGGGCAAUUCGUGUUGGUGUAUCUUUUCAUUGAUUGGAUCGUCUUGGUAUACUUAGGCUGCCUGGGGUGACCCGACACGGCCGGUUGUGGCUUACUGAUUGAGCUGUAUUGAAGGCCAAGCCCAAGCUUAUGGUUUUCAAACCCCCCCUCCCCCCUUGCUUCUUAAUGGGCAUUUGGGGAUCAUGUAACGUAGAGUUAACUUGUGAAUGCUGUGAUUAUUCUCGUAUCAGGGGCUGCUCUGUACAUGAGGAGGGAAUUCCAUUUGCAGCCCACACCAACCAUUGAAGGCCUGAUAAUCGCCACUUCACUCAUUGGAGCUGCCUUGAUCACAACAUGUUCUGGAGCCCUUGCAGACUGGUGGGGCCGCAUCCCGAUGUUGAUACUGUCAUCAAUAUUCUAUCUACUCAGCGGUCUUCUGAUGAUGUGGUCUCCAAACAUUUAUAUCUUACUCUUUGCAAGAUUAGUUGAAGGCUUUGGAGUAGGUUUAGCUCUCACUCUUGUUCCUCUCUAUAUCUCUGAGAUGGCCCCACCGGAGAUGCGGGGCCUACUAAACACGCUACCACAGUUCAUUGGUUCUGGCGGAAUGUUUAUUUCGUAUUGCAUUGUUUUUGGAAUGUCAAUGAUGGAGUCGCCAAACUGGAGGUUGAUGCUCGGUCUUCUUUCCAUUCCAUCUGCUAUUUAUCUCAUCCUAAUAAUCUGUUUCCUGCCUGAAUCUCCACGGUGGCUCAUCAGUAAGGGGAGGAUGACUGAGGCCAAGGAAGUGUUGCAGAUUAUGAGCAGGAGAGAAAAUGUUUCCGGCGAGAUGGCUUUGCUGGUUGAGGGGCUCAGGGUCGGGGCAGACACAUCCCUGGAGAAGUAUAUAAUCGGUUCCACUGGCGACUUCGCUGAUGAACCCGAUGUGUCCGACGAAAGAGAUCGAAUCAAGUUGUAUGGGCCAGAACAGGACAUCACAUGGGCUGCCUGGCCCAUCACCGCUCAGAGCACUUUUGCCUUCAUGUCUCAAUAUGGAAGCGCGGAAACUAGCAAAAGCGGGCGUUUUGUGGACCCUCUUGUUUCGCUUUUCAGGAACAUUCAUGAGAGGUUUCCUGAAGCUGGAAGCAUGCAGAGCACGCUCUUUCCACACUUAGGCAGCAUGUUCAGCGUGGGAGGGAAUCAACAGAGGACUGAAGAAGAGGGGGAUGAGGAGACCCUUGCAAUUGAGGCGGAUGAGCCUCCCUCAGAUGGUAAUGUUGAUUCUGAUGAUAACUUACAGAGCCCAUUGAUAUCGCGCCAGGCAACAAGCACCGAGAGGGGCUUGGAUGCAGGCAUGCAACAGGGCUUUUUCACGCAGGAGACCUGUGAUCGGGUCUGGCCCAUGGGGAUUGGCGGGGGUUGGCAUCUUGCUUGGAAAUGGGCUGGGACAGAAGCUCUAGAUGGGAAGAAGGUGGAGUUCAAGAGGCUUUAUUUUCAUCAAGAGGGUCCUCUGGGAACUCUCCGAGGGCCCACACUCUCGAUUUCAAGGGGUGGUGGAGACCCGCCAGAGGAUGUGGGACCCGCCAAGGCCACUGCCCUGGUGAGUCGACCGGCUCUUUCCUCUGAGGAGCUAAUGCAGCUCCACCCAAUUGGUGCAGCUAUGGCUCACCCAUCAGAAGUUGUGCUGAAGGGAUUGAGUUGGAAGGAUCUAACUGAGCCCGGAGUCAGGCAUGCUUUGGUUGUAGGCAUGGGACUUCAGUUACUUCAGCAGUUUUCUGGUAUUAAUGGAGUCCUGUACUACAUGCCCCAAAUUCUGGAGCGGGCCGGCGUUGGAGCUCUUCUCUUGGACAUGGGCAUCACUUCAUCAUCAGCAUCUCUGCUUGUCAGUGCCAUCACGACCAUGUUGAUGCUUCCAUCCAUUGCCAUUGCAAUGAGGUUCAUGGACAUUUCUGGUAGAAGGAGCUUGCUGCUGGGGACAAUUCCAUUCUUGAUUAUAUCCCUUGUCGUUCUCGUCCUCACGAACAUCUUGAACAUGGGAUCCACUGCUUGUGAAGCAAUAUCUAUCAUUACUAUUGUGCUCUAUGUCUGUUUCUUCGUAAUGGGUUUCGGUCCAACCCCCAACAUACUCUGCUCGGAGAUAUUCCCCACGAGAGUUCGCGGGCUUUGCGUAGCCCUUUGUGGGCUCACAUUCUGGAUAGGGAACGCAUUUGUCUCCUACACAAUGCCGUUGAUGCUAAAAUCAACAGGUCUUGCCGGAACGUUUGGGGUGUUUGCAGCCGUGUGUGUUGUAUCCUGGGCGUUUGUCUUCACGAAGGUUCCUGAAACUAAGGGCAUGCCCCUCGAAGUGAUAGUUGAGUUCUUCUCUUUCGGUGUGAAGCAGGCUGAGGACAACUAAUUCGACAAUAGGUCAGGGUGUUUCAAAAGUUUUGACUGAGUAUUUCGAGUUUUUGAAUCUCUCUCUUGUAGAUGAGGAAUGAGUAGUUCAAACCAGAUUCUACGAGAACAGUUCUGUAACUACUGCUUAUUGAUGUGUGGCUAGCAAAACAAAGAACUAUUCAUUUGAUAUGGAUUUCUUGGAUUGAAAGAAUCUAUCUAGGUUCGAUCGAUACUA